CGUUGGCUCUGCCGUCAACCCUGUGAGUGCAUUGAACCCGCCGCCGCCAAGGGAGCCGCGCUUUGCGGUUUUUGCGGCGCGCAUGUUACUGUUGACUCGUGGAAAUACUAUGAAUCUGCCUGAACCAUGUCCACAGCACCUCGUUUAAGCUGCCUCAUCGUCUUGAGCGGCUCUAAGGAUGGAAACUCGGCGCCAUCGUUUAUUCAAACGUUCACUCUACUGCACAGCACAUUUACGGUCCAAAUAGCCACGCCAGCGGGGCGUCCUUUGGAGUUCGUUAACCAAGAUGACCAAAGCCGACGCUGGCUGAAUGACUUUCGCAUGAAAGUGUUUGCAAUCCCCAUUGGACUUCACACUGUAGACCCCAAUCGGUACUCCUGCCUGAUUCUGCCUCACAGUCCAGGAGCAGUCCAUGACCUCUGCGAGAACAAAGACUUGGGUCACAUCCUCAGGCAUUUCAUCCAGGAGAAAAAACCAAUCUGUGCCAUUGGUAUGGGAGUUGCCGGUCUCUUCUCUGCUAUGGAUGACUCCGACGUGUGGAGCUUCCGCCGAUGCACCUUGACCGCAGUCUCUGUAUUUGAGCUUGCCCGGAGCCCCGACUUUGCCAACCUUCCCGUGAUCCCCGAGGAUGUCAUCAAGGAUCGAGGGGCACUGUACAGCUCGAGUGACCCUGACGAAGUGCACGUGGUGGUAGACCGGCACCUGGUGACUGGCCAGAACGAGCAGUCCACACUGACCGCAGUGCAGAACCUGGUGCUGCUGUGCAACCAGAAGCAGGCGGCCACACGCAAGGAACGGCAUCAAUGAAGCCUCUUGUUGUACCUACUCUACACCUCUUAUCUUGUGCUUCUGAAAAAUCAUUCUUAUCCCGUGAUUUCUGUACAGUUGCCCAGCAUUUGAGUCAGUGUGAUUGUCCGGUGAGGUCCAUACGGUGACUAUGUAGAGUGGAGGGGGUAGGGCAAGAACCAGGAAUUGUUUUUAAUGGAUCACAUUUCUUUUGCUGGGUAUAGCUAUAUGUGAGCUAUAAAUUGAGUUAAAUGGAUGGGUGGUAUGGACACUUGCUUCUUGACAUACUCGCAUUGGGCCCGUUCUCGAUGCAGAAGCAAUGGAUCAUGUACGGGUGUUAAAACUUAACUGCAAAUGCCUUAAUCUUGCUGCGCGAAAGAACGUAAAGGAACAGGAAGAGAGGAUGACAGGCAUAAGCUGUUGUUUAGCCCUGUGGUUGCUGUUAUUUCAUCUAUUUUGUCUUUUCUCUUUCUUUCUGGUGCUGCAAACAGUACUAUGUGCUAGGAUACACGAAAGUGCUUAGGACGCAUGAUUCACAACCUAAUUACAGGCUAGGGUACCCAAGGGCAUCCAGUGUGGGUGCCCUUGUGGACUGCCCCCCCGUGGAUGCCCUUGCGGGUGUGCCUGUUCUGUCUCACUAACUCCCUGUGGUACAGUGAAGGCACAGGGAUCGUGUGGGGUAGAAUGACGAGAGCCAGUUGCUGACGAGAGGAUUAGCAGCGCACAAUGAUCGAGCCACUCUUUCUUUAGAACAGGAAGGAGUGGCUCACCCAUUGUGCGCUGCUAAUCCUCUCGUGAAGCUUCAGUUCAGUUGGUGUUAUGCCAGAGAUUGGAGCCAGCCAAUUGAGGAACCCUUCUUCUGGGCCUCUAUUCUGGUUGGCUCGCGUAACCCUACACGGUGAAGAGUUGGCAAGACAAAGUAUUGUAUGGUCCUAGGUACCUUUGUUCACAAUAGUACACUGAGAGUAGUGCGUCCACAUAGCUGAAUGCAGUUGCCUAAUAGAAAUUUUAUCCGGGUUUUUAAUUGCUGCCUGCUAUUCUUCAGGUCUGGUCCCCUCUUCCUGUCUAGAAAGCAAAUGCUACCUCCUGCUUGUGUCUCCUUCUAAUUUCCCCGCAUCCUGUAGACCCUGUAGUCUCUGUGCUCCCCACUGUUUGUACAUGCAAAGUGCACUAAUAUAUUUUUUUACAAUUCUAUCCCUCCCAUUUGUUUGCUGGCUUGUUUACAUGUAGGAAUAACUCGGUUGCAGUUCUUCUAUGCCUGUCCUGUCUUUAAAGCAUUGCUGCAGAUGCUUUCAUUGAUUGCAUCGCGAUGAAUCAAAGCAGAUAAUUAAAGAGAAUGGCAUGAAGUGCCCUAUA